UCCCCGGCCGCCGGCGGCUGCGCAGUGGCCGGUUUUGCGGCGCCGCCUCUCCCCUCAGCCCCGGCCGGGCCGCUUUUUCUAUCGAAGCCGCCGCCGCCGCCGCCCGCGGGUUUCCAAUCAUGGAGAAGGAAGCUUUAAAUGAAGAGGAUACUAAACAGGGUGUCCAUAUUUCCACCCCACAAAAAUUCAUCUGGGAAACUAGAGGCAUGGAGAGCAGGUGCUCGGAGACACAAGGGACAACAUGCUCAAUCACUGAAGAGGAAAUAAGAGGCAGAGGAAAAGCAAAGAGGAAACAAAAAAGCAGCCGAAGCAGAUUAACCUCCAGUUCAGAAGAAUCCUCUGGGAGUUCAACAAGCUCUUCAGGAAGCAGAAGCCGAUCAAGUAGUGAUGAGGCUCCUCAGGGGAAACCAAAGAAAAGAAAAAGGGAAAGGGAAAAACACAACAAAAAGAAGAGAAAAAAGCAAAGCAAGCUCAAAAAAAAGAAAGAGAAGAAGAAAAGGAAAGAGCGUUCAAGUCCUGUUCAGCUUUCCAAGUUCCUGAAAGAUAAAAAGAAGAAUGACAAUUACAGCAUGAUAACAGGAAAGAAAAUUAAAAUGAAGAUAAAGAAAACCAAAAAAGAUAAAGAGAGGGACAGAAACCGGGCUGAACUUCUGGAUUUCCUGAACUCUGCUUUGUAAUGGAAGGAUAGUCAAGCAAGAUCUCAAACUCAUCUGGUUGUAAUUCCUAGCAAAAAAAAAAAAAAUCAAGGAAACUCAGGGAAAAGGGUAGCUUUCGUGACAAGUUAAGACUCCUCAUGACGACAAUCAGUGUCCCUUGUAGCUGGUGAAAUAAAGUUUCUGAGCAGCAAACUUGUUCAUGAAAGCCCAUAUCCUCCUUGUGAGAUUCUAAAGUCUAAGCCAGAUUGUGAUGUGUGAGUGCUUAAAAUUUGUUGACAGUAAUAUCCUGGGGGCAAACGGCAUUGCUGGACCCUGGUCUCUUAAAUACAUCUUAUUGCUGCAUGCGGAGAACUCUUUUACAAAGGUCUUAAAAGGUUAUCUGUUGCUUAAAAAAAAGCGUACUUGUGGAUGAUCUGUGUAGAGUAAAGGAGGCAUUUCUGUGUAUUA